AUGAAUUCCUCUGAUCACUAGUAAUAGAAUUCAGUUGGUUGGUUGUUAAAUCUUGUUGGUAAAUUUUCUCCAAAAGAUUUGGAAAAAUCAAAUCUUAAAGAAAUUGGAGAAGAAUACAUGAAAAAGAUUUUACUCUAUCCUCAACUUCAAUCAGGGAAUGUUUUUACUUACAAUCAAUAGAAAUAGGAAUUCUCUGAGAAACUGUUUCAUAUCUAUCCUAAUAUUCUAAUCUGCUUACAUGAUAAAAUUCAUACUCAUUUGAUACUGAGUAAUUGCAGUAUCUAAAAGGAGUUAAUUUAAUACAAAGAAGCAAAAACCUAUGGAUUAAUAAUUUCUAACAAUUUGGGAAACACUUACUUGUUCUUCUCAUAAUUCAUUCAGUAUAGAAAUUGGUAUAAAUUAAUGAAACAAUAUUGUAAAUUAAAUGAUUUCUUUGGGAAGUACAAAUUAACCGAUAGAAUGUUGCCUGGAAUAUAUCAAUGCUAUAAGAAAUCUGUAAUCAUUUUAUUAUCGACACAUAGAACAAUGCUCAAUUCACUGUUCAAAUUUAUAAGAUGGAAGAUUUUGAAUAAUGGCCUGAAAUAGAAGAAGUAGUGCAUAAUGAGAUUUAAAUGCUCCGAUCUAUUAAGCAUUAAAACUUGGUGUAAUUAAGGAGAGUUUAUGAAGAUGACUCAUAUUUAUUUAUCCUAUAUGAACAUUUCAAAGGAGAGUCCCUCUAUAAUUUAAUUUUAACCAAUCCCUUACACGAAGUUCAAAUAGCUUCAGUAAUUACCAUCUCUAUUCAAUUAGAUAGUUUAUUAAAUCUUGCAACUGCUUAAAUUUUUAGAUAAACAUCAAUUUUAUCAUGGAAAUCUAAACCCUCUAAACAUAAUCAUCAACUCUAAUAACUAACUCCUGCAGAUCUUUAUGAUUAACUUGUCCUUCAAGGUAUCAACUCUUUUCUUAUCCCUAGCAAUACAGAAUAAAUGAUAAAUUAGACUGGAUUUUGAAUAGACAAAUCGAAGGCUUCAUAGCACCAGAGUUUUAUAAUGGAGUACCGCCAAACAUCACAUCUGAUCUAUAUAGUCUGGGUGUCUUGCUCUACUUUAUGACAUUUCCAACACAAUUACCAAGUGAGAAGCAUUUUGACAAAUAUGAAAUUGACACUACCAAAAUCUAGAAAUUAUUGUAAAAGAAAUUUUCCUAAAAUCCUAUUGAGAGCAACUCCCCACUUGAUAAAUCAAUUGAAAAAAACAUUAGUUUAAGUGAACUAGACUUAUUAUCGAAAUUACUAUACACCAAUCCUAGUAUUUAUUUCUUAAAUAAUAGAGCAAAGAAUUACCAUAUCUGAUAGUAUGAAACAUCAUUGGUUUGUGAAUAUCAAGAGUAAAAUCAAAUAAUUGAAUGUUAUAAAGAAGAAAAAGGUGGAAUUGCCUUCAUUAAGAACAAUCAUAGAAUUAAGAUCCUAAAGUGAACUGGAUCUAAAGGUUCAAUCUUAAUUAUCCAAUAACAGAAGGUAGUCAAAAUUAGCUGUUAAUUAGGUUGAUGAUUUUGAUGUAGGUAAUCUAUUGAAACAUUAAAGUUAGUUCCUGAUGAAGGACAUCCUUUAGAGUAGGUUGCUGAUCUAGAUUUUUGUCAAUUGCUAAGAAGCAGCACUUAAUUAAGAAAAUUGUAAACACUAAGUAACAAAUCCAUAGGAUGAUUUAAUUC